AUCACAUUGAUUGGCUUUGAACUAAAUGGGAGAUAAAUCUUCAUUCAUUUACAGCAGAUAGUAUAAAUGAUCAGCAGACGACACCAAUGAAAAAUGGCUGAAAAUAGACUGAUUCCAUACUUGUUCCUGAGUUUGAUAGUCAACUCUAUCUACAGCAAAAGUAACCAAAUAAGCAACAGCCAUGACCCCUAUUGUAAACAUUGUUGCCAGGGGCAACCUGGUUUACAGGGUACACCUGGUACCCCUGGAAUAAAUGGAAUUCAUGGAACUAAUGGGAUACCAGGGCAAAAAGGUCUAAAGGGAGAUGAUGGGAGGCCUGGGCCACAGGGCCCUCCUGGGAGAACUGGUACUCAAGGAUCCACUGGUGCUCGGGGGAUCAGAGGUAAAAAGGGACAUAAAGGGCAACCUGGAGACAAAGGAGUCCAUGGAGAUAAAGGGGAGAUAGGACUAAUGGGACAUGUGGGACAUAAAGGACAUAAAGGUGAACCAGGGAAGUCUCCAGCAAAAGUUGCUUUCUCCGUCUGCCGAACAUCACCACUUGGUCCGGUCAUGGAAGAUACAACAAUAAUUUUUGACAACAUUUUUACAAAUAUCGCAGAAAGUUUUGACACAUACUCUUCACAUUUCAUCUGCAAAGUGAACGGCACAUAUCUUUUCUCUGUACAUCUCCUUAGCAACAAUAUAAAUGAUGCUUAUGCAUGGCUGAUGGUAAAUGGACAACACAAAGUCCCGAUUCACGGAGAUCAUAGAUCGGGAUACGGAACAGGAAGUAAUACCAUAAUUCUCACCCUUUUUGAGGAGGACCAUGUUUGGAUACAACUCAUUAAGAAUUCAUCACUUCUGAAUGAUUUUUCUACUUUUUCAGGAUAUUUACUUUUUGAGCACUAACUCACUCUUCAUCAUUCACUCUUUUUGUACAUUUGUAAUUCAAAUUCCUACAUGAUUCUGGUAGGUAUUUUCAUCAAUUUUCACCAAACAUCAUUUUGUAUUCAUCACAAUUAGGUAUGUAAUUAAA